AUUAAAUUUUAUUUAGAAUUUUUUUUUUCUGAAGUUAAAAAGAAAGUUCUAUAGUCAAGACUAUCCUGUGGACAAAUCACGGUGUAACCUUACUAACAUCCGACAAUCAAUUAAAGUCGAUGUACAGGUUCCUUACCCUGCCAGCUGGUCAUCACUGAUUCAUCAUCCCUGUGUGUGUUUUUGCUUUGCAACGAUGGACGAUGAAACAUCGCUAAGUUCCGAGGAAUUGUUGAGCGGCACAGUAAAUAAAACACUGGAGACAGCGUCGCUAUCUUAGUGUUAUUAGUAUCUGUAACAUGAAGGAGGAGUCGGAGCCGUAUGGGAAAAGGAUUCGAAUCGAAAACGUGCAAAGCCUGGGCACAGAAAACGAUUUGUUGAUAGCCAAGAUAUGCGCAUCCUUUUAGACCUGCAGACAGAAGUCUUAGCCCAGCGCGCAGAGAUCAGGCAGUUGACGAAGGCUAUAGCGACGCUUUCGAAUUUCGUAAAGCAGUCGAUGAGAUCGAUCAAAAUUAAUAAUGUGACGCAAAACUGUGACGACGAUUUCCCAAUUAGUUCGGAGGCGAAGCUCCUCGAAGUGGACGGAAAGAUAAGCCAGGACCCCGCCAGCUAUGUUCAUGCCAUCAAAAAACUGUUAAGCCAGGGAAGGACGAGCCGCUCCAUAAGAUUAAUUUUAUGUGACGACAUUAUCUUAAACUAUAAUAUUGACGGAGCAAAGGAUAAGAAAAGACUGAAAGAUUUUGCCCACUUGUUUCGUGCGAUCAUGGACGCCAUCAGUCAGGUUGAGAAGUCGCUGCCCGCCGAAAGAGUUCUAUCCAAAGCGCUGAGAUGCGUCAAGAACUGCGCAGCGAAACACAAGGGCAAGGGCGGUGGCGAGGAUCCUUUGGCCUUUUUAAGUAUAAGUAGGGUAAAAUAAAUGGUACAACUA